AUGGGAAAUUCUGCGAGCAGCUCCACUGAAAUCGACUGGAAAGGUCCAUUUAGUGACAACGAAUAUGAGUGUUUGAGGGCAAAAUUCAACGAGACAAUAGCAUUGGCAUCAUCAGUCGAUGCGGCGUCAGCUAAUUUACAGAUGUGGUUGGAUUUGUCGCUGCCUGCUGGAGCGCCAGAAGAGUUGACGGUUCCGUGCCGUCGCCUGGGUUCUGGUUUCUACCACUUGUGUCUGCAGACAGAGAACAGUACAGAAGCUGAUGGUAAAUUGACAAUGAAGAAAUUCGUACAAGGAGUCGCACAAUGUGUUCGAGCUUCAUCACAGUCGAUCUGUCGGUCGCUUUUUCGAUUGUUUGCUGAAAAUACUCAAUCAAAUGCUAUAACGGAGCAAGGGCUGAGUCAGCUGCUCUUUGCUUGCUUAGUUAUGGCCGGAGGCGAAGAAGUCGAUGAUACUGAACGUGUAGUACAUGUUGCAAAGACUCUUGCUCGUGCUGCCAUGCCCUCAGCAGCGGGAUCUACUCGAUUGACAAGCAAAGACUUUGUUCGAUGGACUGAAGCUCAAUAUCCUCUUUUCUAUACAAUUUUCAUGUCGUGGAUGGUACGCAAGAGCUUUGACUCACUGACGAACCCGUCCUAUGAAGCGCCCCAAUUGUCCCACACAAGUGGUAUUUUGUCCAGAUCACAUUUUGUGGCGCUGUCUACAGUCACUACAUCGAUGCAGACAUCGCUGACUCGCCUGUACACGAGCGCGCAGAAUGGAUUAAGUUUCAAUCGUCUCACCUACCACAUCUUAGGAUACUCUGGACCAACAUUGACUGUGAUCCUGGAUACUGAAGGUGCUGUGUUCGGUAUGUUUUGUGAUACCGAGUGGAAGGAAUCGAGCCGCUAUUUUGGAGGCAAUGGAUGUUUUCUUUUUCGAAUGGAGCCAGAGAUUAGUAUCUAUCCAGUAUCUGCGAGCGGGUCCAACAAGAACUACAUGUAUUUGAACUCAAAGGGUUUUGCGCUUCCACGUGGCCUGGGUAUCGGUGGAUCGAUCGAAAAGUUUCGGCUGUUCUUGAGCGAAGACUUGGACGAGCGCAGCUACACAACUCCGAGAUGCUUGUCCUUCGAACCAGGUUGUCUGUCAUCCAGGGAGCAGUUUGUGGCUGAUGCUAUUGAGGUGUGGGGCUGUGGUGGUGUAGAAAGUGAGCUUAGGCAGAAGGCGCACCGGCAGGAGACGGCUGAUUUGAUCAACCGGGCGAGAAAAGUCGACAAGGCUCAGUUUGUUGGUAGUGAUUUUGACAAAGAAAUGUUUUUGGGAAAAACAUUUGGCCAUGGGACGGACAGAGCUCGCGUUGCCGAUGACGAGCGACACGAAUAA